GUAUGUGCUUAACAAAUAAAUAUUUGCUAUUAUCAUUUCUUUUUUCUGUCCAACAGGGUAACAUUUUAGAGAAACUGUAUAUCUGCUCAAUGCCAAAAUUUUUACGCUUUUUGCAUGACUGUUUUCUGGACAAAAAGGACCCUCAUCUCGUGGUAACUACACUGCACUUUGGGAAGGUACCGGUGAGGCUAUAUAAGCCAAAGGCACCAUCUGCAAAACCCCGUUGCGGGAUCAUCUUUUUCCAUGGAGGCGCUUGCAUAUUUGGGAGCUUGAAGUUUUACAACCACCUGUGCUGCUACUUGUCCAGGGAAAGUGACUCCGUGGUUUUAUCUGUUGGUUAUCGCAUGGUUCCUGACCACAAGUACCCCGCUCCAUUGAAUGACUGCAUAACUGCUACAAUCCACUUUCUGAGAACUCUGGACACCUAUGGGGUGGAUCCAUCUCGGGUCAUCCUCUGUGGAGACAGUGCUGGAGGGUCAAGUGCAACUUCUAUUUGCCAAAUGCUUGUGACCCAACCAGAUCUUCCUAAGAUACGAGCGCAGAUUCUGAUCUACCCCUAUAUCCAGGGAUUUAAUUUCCAGCUGCCUUCACAUCAACAGAACAAAAAUAUCCCAUUACUUACCCUGAGUGAUCUUGGUCUUUAUUUGUGCUUUUAUUUUGAUAUGGACCCGUCUUGGACAUCCAUUUUUAUGCAAAAUGCUCAUGUGCCUCCUGAGAUGAGAAGGAAGUAUGUGGAAAUAAUUAAUGGUGUCAACAACAUACUAAGAGGUUCAAAGAGAGGCUACCAACCCAUGUCACCAGGUUCUUUUAAUGAAGAUGCUUACUUGGAAAGCAAAAUGUUGUUACAGCCAACAAAUUCACCCCUAAUUGCUGACGAUGACAUCAUUGCCCAACUCCCUGAAACCCUGCUUGUGAGCUGUGAGUUUGAUAUCCUACGGGAUGAUGCCCUGUUGUACAAGAAGAGGCUGGAGGACCUGGGAGUGCCUGUGAGCUGGCAUCACAUAGAAGAUGGUUUUCAUGGAGUGCUCUUCACCUUUGGCCAAAAGGUGUUUUAUUUCCCCUGCUCCUUAAAAAUUCUGAAUAUUAUUAUUCUUUUUAUAAAGGAACUGUGAACCUCACUCCCAGGACUUUCAGGAAAGAAUGGCUAGUGUGGACUCUGUUUAAAACUAGGGGCCCUGUUGAGUUUCAUUUUACUGAUUUAUGAAAUAGGGCAGGUUCUGCGGCGGAGGAGAAGAGCUUGGGAGGAUUAACCUGCCAUAGAUUCAAGAAUGACAAAACAGUUUCUGAUGGAUAAAUAGUUAAAGGAAGAUGGUUUGAAGUAGUGCUUAAUCACAGACAUGGUGGUGGGAAGACCAGGCAGGUUAAGCCUUAUGUUACCUUUUUUAAGUCUAUAUUAGUUAUGUGGACCAUUCAUAUUGGGAGUAUGCAUCUUAGGAGAUGAGUUGGGAGUGUGCAAAUGAUUCCAGAAAAAAGCUCACGUCUGACAGGAACACCUGUCUUCACUAUCUGAGCUCCUAGUGACUGGGAAUAAGAGUGACAAAAGGGCCUAUGAUUGAGACUUGACAAUAUCACGUGCCUUUCUGUGACCAACUUGGAAGGAAAGGUGGCAUUUCUCUUCGACUCAGAAAUAGGUUUAUACUGACUAAAAGAGAUCAAAGGAAGAGGAAAAGGGGCAACAGGUACAGAAAUAUUUAUCGUGGUUCAUCUUUUUAAAAUACAAAGAACUGGAGUCAAAGGAAGUUCCCACCAAUUAGACAAUUGCUGAACCUAUGGUAUCUAAAUAUAAUGGAUUACUAUUGUGAUGGAAGCAAUGACAAAAGGGAGAGUUUUAAAGAAACUUGGGAAAAUGUAUAUGAAUCAAUAAAGGUCAAAUGAGUAGAAUCAAAACAAUUUCUCCUAUAACAACAUUGUAAUAUACAAUAACAUUGUAAAGAAAAAAAAAUUUUUGAAAGAUAAGUACCUUGAUCAAUCCAAUGACCAGCCAUAAUUUCAGAGAAGUAGUGAUAAAGCCUGUUAUUUGAGAGGUUAAAAUGUAGACUUACAUAUGUGGAUAUGGCCAGUGGGGGAAUUUGUUUUGCUUAACUGCAUUUUUGUUACAAGGCUAUUGUUUCAAUGGGGGGUAAGGUUAAGAAUGGAUGGCAGAGUUA